AGCGUUUUUUCUUGUAACCUCUCAUUUAAGUACUCACUUUUUAUCGAAGUAGGGGCUUCACCUCUCUAGCCAAGUAGAGGUGGCUACUUGAAAGGUCGUGGUUGAACACUUGAAGCUUUAAGCCACAUGAAGAGGUACGCGGGCUUAAAAUAGUAGGAGAAAUAGGCUGAUUAUGUUGCGAAAAUGCCCCGGCAAACGUGGCAAAGCUGCCAUCCUUGGCUGCUCGAGUUCAUUGAACCAUGCCGCUGGACGAACACGAUCGACCAAAAUAAUAGAUGAUUCCAGACAGUAUGAAUAUCAUGAUGUUAACAUCACGACAAAGAUCCCACACUACUAUUAAGGCUGAUCGCAUCUGAAGGCAGAAGACUGAUCUCUCCCCUGUAAGUGUCGUGCAAUAUCAUCGGCUAAGAAAGUAACAUAUACUACAAAAGAAGUCGUAAUUAUUACAAAUGAUCAAAGAUGAGCAGCUGCUUCUACUUGAAACAUAGAACACAGGAGCUCCUUCCACGUGAAAAAUAGAAUUUGGCCAGAAAUCAUCUAAGCAAUUUUACGCGGCUCAUAUAGGCAUCAGCCAGCAGAAAACGCUGUCACCAACGCAGACGAUGCCACCAACGCUUUUCUUGAAGUCGAAAGAGAGUCGCUCAACACUGAAGAAAGGUGGCUAAUUUGUGAUUUUGCAAUUUAGUCGGUUCAGAUUGAGAUAUAAUCAUAUAGUAAUUCUGAUAGGUUCAGUUCUAAGAUGUUGAACUUAGGUCCUCCCUUCCCAAAUGCGUAUUAGGUUGGUCGCGACGGACGGCGCAAAGGCAGUAAAUAAGAAGGGAGCAAAUCUUCAUGAGAAUGGCAAAGUGGACCCAGUUGUGGCGGAGCUCAACGGCUCAAUUGAAAGAUAUGUUGAAGAAAUAUAUAAUGCAGAUUGUUGUUGAAGUUGAUACAUAUUCCAAGAUACAACAUUAUUGGCAAAGUCGGGUGCCUUUAGAACACGGACUUUGCGAGUAAAUACAACAACUCCGGCACUACCGGUCUUCAAUCUUGUUUUCUGCACUAUUAUAGACGCAGAAGAAAUACUUAGGAAAAGUAAUAUUACAGAAGUGCUUGGUCUUGGAACGUCCGAGGAAGAGCAUCAUCUCGGUUCCAACAUGACACGAACGAGGCACGUACCCUUCUACUAGGUGGGUGAGCUGCUUCUUGGUUAUAGAUUCUCGCUUAUAGUUUCUUGAUUAUAGAUUCUUGGUUAGAGAUUCUUGGUUAGAGAUUCUUGUUUAGAGAUUCUUGAUUAAUGUCGAUGCUUGUCUGGGUUGUUCCAUCUAAUGGGCUCUCAUGAUAAGAGGAAGGUUGCGUAUGGCCAGACGUACGGUGCAGAUAACGUACGGUUAAGGCGUGUGGUGUGAGCAAGCAUGUACUAGAACAAAAGAAGUCGUAACAUUAAUGUGACAAUCUAACUACUAUAAAGGUUUUGCGUCCACUGCCAGAGAAGUAGUAAGGACUACGAAUUGUUUAGUUGAUACUCUUUCUCUUGCAACAUAGAUAGUAGAAGACUUGUAGCUCCUCAUGAUCAAGUUCAGAAAUUAGUGCUACAACUACGACUACGACUGCUAUUACCAUCGAAAGAAAAAGACUGCAACUUUUUCGUAAGACUCUCUUCUAAUUUGUAGACCGAUACUAGCCAACAUCAGACCGGGUGAUCAAAUGGAUGAUGCCGCAUGGACGGGCCUGCAGAGCGGCGUGGAGUAUCUAUUAAGGAUGCAACAACUGACGAGACAACUGCUAUCACCCUCAAGAUUUUACUACGGGAUGAGUCAAUCAUCAACUACAUCGAAAACAGUCACCCAAAAUUACAAAUAAAUAUUUUGUUUCAUGAUUCUCUGCCAACUAAGAGCGAACAUUCUCCCAAAUGGGGAACCUUCUGGAUUCAGCUAAAUCCAUCAGCAGACCCAGAAUUAGCUGGCUCUGUUGGCCAUUUUCGGGCUCUGUAUCGGUCUAGUGUAGCUUAGGAACUAGGACGUAGCGUAGCGCCACCAGCUCUAGCGUAGCGCCACCAUAUUACGAAUAGGCACUUUGUUUCAUCCGCUGCCAACUGCCAACAAACUAUGCUGGAGCCUGGCAUGGCCCCUGUUAUCACUCAUCAUGAAAGUGAAACAACAGAGUAUGAGUCAACAUAUUUGAUUCAAGAACACAUUAGAGUAGGAACUCUCAUGCAACAUCAAAAGGUCAACAGCUGCCUGUAUAUUAGAGUAGUUGCUCUCUCUCUCUCAUCCAUCAACACUGCGACCACUCUGGUAAUAUACUCUUCUAACUUUCCCGGUUGUAACGGAUGUUGAUUUUCUCAAAAAGACGAAGGAUGCGCUGCUGAGUGGAGCAAGUGAUGACAUGGAAAGCAGUUAAGCACAUUCAUGCAUUCAUUCAUUCAUUCAUCUCUCCAGUGCAUUUGUUUCAAGAUAAGCCGUACUGAUAGAAUUUCUCAUCUCCCUUUCUCAUCUCUCAGGACUGUUCCUUUGAUAAGCAACCAGUCAAAUGAUAUUAAAAAUAUCGACUCUAUCCUUCGUCUUAAUAAUAUUUGAUAUUUACUUAUAAUAUAAUUCCUUUUCGUUUUGUUCCUUUGUUUUAGAAGGUAACAACAACAAGGAACCUGCUAAGAGAUGAAGAAACUGCUGGAACUAUUCCGCAUGAGGCUCCACUAUUACUGGACGGUUGCUUGCGGUUGGCAGCCAAGAGGCAGGACAGACAUAUGAACAGAAUUCUGAAUUCAUAAAGGCUUGAUCUCAAAGUGGAAGGACCGGGAACCCACAUUUGGAGGGUAAUGAUUGACGGAAAUAUUUAAUAGUGAGGUUUAGUAGCCCUUUUUCUGAGGACUCCUCAGUAGAAUACGGGUCCUCAGAAAUAAAAGGGCUACUAAAACUGGAAUUCUAGUACUUAGACUUACACCCUGAUUGCUCCAGUAAAAAUAAAGGGAUACAACAAAUAGAACUAGAGUGCGAGGGCGUAGGGCUUAGGGAUCUCCUCUUUUAGUAUCCGUUUUCAUACCCAGCACCUUACCCUUAGAAUCCGUUUUUUCAUAGACAGCUACAAAGCCAAAAAGCGCGGAUUGGUUUGAUGAAGCAAGCUACUAUAAGGCUGUUGUCGCCGAUCUUUUUGACCUAAUCGCGCCUCUACCGUAUGCACAGGAUCAACUGGAGCUCGGGAGGAAACAAGGGUUUGUAGUUAUGAAGAGAAGUAGUAGUUGUAGAUCCUAAACCUAAUUCAAAAAAAAAAAAAGUAGUUAAGGAAGCACUUUUAAGGGGCGUAUUGAACAAGUAGGUCCAUUUUUGGAUGAACUGCUAUUUCUUGUACCUGCAGCUGUUGUAGUCCUGCUCCAAUGCAGAAAGAGGAGAUGUUCGCUAUAUCGUACGGCGCCACUGAUUGAGAACGAAGGGAAGGGAACGGCAACCUCCGGCACGUACUGUUGGUUCAAUUGUCAGCCUGCUCCGGUACGUACUAUUGUUGUGAGUCGAACAAGAACAAGUGCUAUAUGGUUGCUCAAAGAGGAAGGAGUGAGGCCACUACCCUCCUAACUUUAACUUUCCCAUCCCCUCUGCACUUCAGACCGUGCCGCAUCAGCAAAGUGUUAAUUACUACAACUACUACUACUACUACUACUACUAGGAGCCCGAUAGUACGUAGUGCUACUGUUCAAACAAAUAUGACGAGUGAGGCCGAAGGAAAGGGAACGCCAACCUCCGGCACGUACUACAGUUGUAGCACACUUGAUUGAUAUCGAAGAAAGGGCUACAGUACGUAGGACUUUUCAAACAAGGUCGAACGAGUGACGCAUCAUCUUCAUCUUGUGGCCUCACUCGUUCAUUGAAGAAGGCCACAAGAGAGUGUCGACAUUCCCUUCUUCCAUGAUUGGCUCAAUCAGUGGCGCCACUCAUAAACGCUGUCGAUGAAAUACCGGAAAGUCGCCCAGGCCAUCGACAAUGCCAUUCGAUGUUAAGGGUCAGAUCGUAGAGUAAGGAAGAUCACGUACGUACUUUAUUUUCUUCGAAUAAUCCAUCUAUACGUCUAGGCUCUUCAUGUAGCUCUAUAGAAGAUGGACACUCCAGAGCACCUCCUCGCCAAGAAGAGUUUCAUCUUGCCGAUGAUCUUCACAGAAGAGGGUCAUCUUCACAACUAGAGAGCAUGAUCAUGCUUAUCUAGUAGAAGGACGAUCUAUCACUAGAAAUAUCAAUGUCAUCUCCCUAACACUAGGAGCUAGGGAUGAAACUUGAACUUCACAGAGAGCUCUAUUCUGGUGGCGAGCCGCCGAAAACAGAAGAAGAGGCAUGGACAAAAGCAAAGGAAAUAAGCAAAAACACAUUGCCAUCGGAACUCACAGAACGUACCUCUACUCACAAUCACUUUGAGUUCUUCAAAUAGAGUAGAUUUGAGUUCUUAUAGAUACAUAGUUCUUGCAGUAGAUGAGUUCUUCCUGUACGAUGUAGAGUAACUCCUGUCUUCGCAUGAAGAUUCGUGUAACUCCUAACUUCAUUCUCAAAGAUUCGACCAUCAGCAUUAACCCUUUCUUUAGCUACAGAACGCACCUCUAGUCACAAAAUUUACGCAAAAACACAUUGCCAUCGGAACUUACAGUACGUGGUACCUCUAUUCACUUCGCGUACCUAGUGCAACUUAGUUGCAGUACUCAUAAUGAGAAUUACAUCGAUCUGCUUCACCUAGUACCUACAACUUCCUAGCAGGACUUGGAUAUUGUCUCAAAAUCAAACACGAAAAAUAAUCGCAGGAGAAGUCGUAGACGCUCCGAGUGCAUUGAAGGAAGAUCAUCACGGGAUAGUACAGCAACGACCUAGUGACGAGUCCGGGACAGCCAGUCGUGCAAAGCAGGAGGUACAACAACAACCAACUACGAGCGCUGGCGCCUCCUCUCCCAGUUCUGGAUCUGCGCCGGCGGUACCAGAACAACAACCAGAUACGAGCUCUAGUAAUUCUGCGCCGGCGGUACCAGAACGACAACCAAGUACUAGCCCUAGUGCCUCCGCGUCCAGUCCCAGUUCUGCUCCGCUACAAAAAG